AUGUCACGGAGGCUGUCACUGCCGGUGAUACCAGAGGAACUCAUCUACGAGAUCCUUCUGAAGCUUCCGGUGGAAUCCCUUUGGCGAUUCAGGCGCGUAUGCAAAUCAUGGAAAACCCUAAUUUCCCAUCCUCAAUUUGCGAAAGAUCACCUUGACUCCUCAAUCUCAGGUGCAAUCAUGACCCAGCCUCGAUUGGCCUUAGUUUACGAUGAUUCGAACACGGCCACAACAUAUUCUGUGAAUUCACUCUUCAAAAACCCACCAACCCUUACUGAAAAACUUAAAUUUAAGAUGGAAGGAAAGCACAACCAUUUUGUAGGUUCAAUCAAUGGAUUACUGUGUUUGCGUGAUGUUAAUUGUUGUUUUAGAUUGUACAACCCUUCUACCAAAUUGGUUUCCAGGAAAUCCCCUGCUUUUCCUAUAGAGAUUAAAUACUUGUUCCCUAAUAAUGCAUUUUUUGGCUAUGAUAAAGUGAAUGACAAGUACAAGGUGCUAGCAUUUGGGGUUGACCUUGGUUAUCAUGUUUUUAACCUCGUGGCCAGACUUUAUACCUUUGGUGAAAGUGAAAGUAAUUGGAGGACAACGAUUCAGGAUCUCUCGUUUGGUGUCAAUAAUAUUGAGGGCUCGCGUCAGACAUUUGUGAAUGGUAAUUUGCAUUGGCUGACUAAGAGAGGUCAUGGUUCUGAUAAAACAGUGAUUAUUUCCUUUGACGUGGAUAGGGAGACUCAUGGUGAAGUGUUGCUACCUCUUGAGCUGGAGGAUAUAAUUUGGAGUCUUGACCUGCAUGUCUCCAAUAAGUUUCUUUAUGUGUCGCAAUAUUCUCACAAAACUUGUUUAGUUCUUUGGUUGAUGAAAGAGUAUGGAGUUCAGGAGUCUUGGACUAAAGUGAUGACGAUCUCUCUCGAGUCUAGAUAUUGUAGAUGCAAUGCUACUCAUCUUAGUCCCUUGUGCAUUUUGGGAAAUGAUGUUGUUGUUCUUAGAAAUGCAUGUUCUUGUCCUUAUUUAGUUACGUAUGACUCAAAAAAUGGCCAAUUUGGACGUCGUUUUAGGAUAGAGCGAAGUUCACCACGUCAAUGGCAUGGAGGGGUUUAUCAUGAGAGUCUAGUUCCGCCACCAUGA